AUGUGUCAUGAUUUUCACUUCAGAUAUUAUCUUCGAGAGGAUGCGGAGGAUGCAAUGAGGUGUAUCAAUGGCACACGUCUAGACGAUCGAAUUAUUCGUACUGACUGGGAUGCUGGAUUUGUUGAAGGGCGCCAGUAUGGACGAGGAAAGCAUGGCGGUCAAGUUCGAGAUGAAUACCGCAAAGAUUAUGAUCCAGGCAGGGGUGGAUGGAACAAAGUCAUUGCUUCCAGAAGUAAGUUUCUUUCAAAUUGUGUUCAUGGCCAUAGUCAUUCUUCCAUAAGCUCUAAACUCCUAGCGUAUCGAGUGUAG